GAGCAGGUAGGAUUCAUAUACACACGAUGAUGAUGAAUAUAUCAGACAGGAAUGACCCCAACUGGUGAGAUUCCUGUUCUUAAGUGGUUUACAUGAGUCAGAGAACAGAGAUGCUUGCUCUGGUGACCUCUGUGGCAGCUGUUCUUCUGCUUCCGGGACAGUCUGCCACAUACAACUGCUCAUCAGUCUACGACAGGAUCCCAGGGACUGAAGACCUCAAGGUGGUCUGUGGGACUGCUCUGAUCACAGUGGACGUGAACCUCUGUGCCGCUAUGUGGGCAGGAUUUGACCCAGCAAGGCUGGCCAUGAAUGGCAAGUACAACAACAGUCUGUGCCGUGGUACCAUUGAUGCCCAAGCUGACCCGCCCAUCGUUCGUUUCGAGCUGCCAGUCAAUCACACCGAAGAGAGCUCAUGCUGGCAGACCUUGCAGACCUCCAGCAUCCAGGCCUUGGUGGUUGGCAGCUACAUCGACAUGCCAAAGUCUGCAGAUGCUGUCAUCAGCUACUCUCCAGACCUUUCCUACCACUUCUCCUGCCAUUAUCCCCUCGUGUAUUUCUUCAACAACAGUCAGAUAACAGCGUCUUCAAUCUCAGUGAGUACCAAUGAACACCACGGCCACUUCUUCAGCUCCCUCAGCAUGGGUGUUUACAAUGACAGUAGCUAUAGUUACCCGCUCAUCAUUCCAGAAGCCGGACUCGCCUUACGUACCAAAGUCUUUGUCGAGGUCAAAGCCACCAACCUCACUGGGAACUUUCACGUGCUGCUUGACCACUGCUUCGCAACACCCCUGCCUUAUAAUGUGUUGAGUGGUGAACAACACAGCUUCUUCACAGGGUGUCAACUGGAUAAACAGACAGUCAUGGAGAAGAAUGGAAUGGGCUUGAGUGCAAGGUUCUUCUUCGAGGUUUUCCGCUUCCUCCAGCACCAGGACAGGGACAAAUCUAGCAUGUACCUCCACUGCAUCGUGAAGCUCUGUAAACCCAGCAAGUGUCAGGUGUGCUCCAGAAGGGGAAGAAGGUCCCAGGAUUUAUUUGACUUGCCAUCGGCUAAUUCCACAACAGUGUCUGCAGGACCAAUCUAUACCCAAAAUGAUGAUGACAGAAAGCAGCCUUCUUUGUUGGUGUUCAGUGUUGGGGGUCGACCAGAAGAGAAACUCCAUAACCCUAACCUGGUGGGUGGGGUACUGUUGGGCUCAGGAGGCACUAUACUGCUGAUCUUGGGCGGGAUGUUUGUACUCAAGAAAUUUUCCAGGCAAGAAAAUGCAUUCCGUGCUUCCAUUUGGCUGCAUCAAUGGCCUUGCAGCCUCCUCAUGCCUCUGUGACCUUGUGUGCUGCCAUCGAUCUAUUAACGGCCAAAGUCAUUCGAUUCCCGGUAGGAUUUCUUUUUCAAUCUAUCCUGGUUUGGGGGAUAGGGGGUCUGCCCUGGAAGUGAGUCCAUUGCAGAGUACAUGCACGCAUACGCUACAAGCAACUAGAAGACACCAAGAAGAUUGACUGUCUUUGGACUGUGGAGGGAACCUGGUGGUAAUGGUGAGUCCCUGGUGGAAACAUGCAAACUUCAUGCAGGCAGGACUGCGCUUCAAUCCCCCAACUCUGGAGGUGUAAGGCAUGAGUACUACUGAACUACUAUAGGAUACCUUUAGCCAUUUUAGAAAGUUCCAUGCACCUCUGUCUUACAGAUUUAUGUACUGGGCAGUAUAAAUACGCAUUGCCCUGGCGUGCUGGUUCCACCUAUCGCUCUGUAGUCUUCUUAAAGUCUUAAAUGGGCAAAACAAAAAUGCCCAAAAGCUGGAUGCAUUUUGUAUUGAUAUGCGGUUUGAUUCACUUGGGAUUAACUAGCUUUAUUUUCUGAUACUUAGAAUUGACCUGUUGAUUUUUAACACUGGGGUAAUUGCAGCAUUUGGUAAGAUGUUUGAAACAUAAUAACGUCAAGUCAGCGUACUGAAAAGCAGCGCAGUGGAGAGAAAGUGAAUGGAGUAUUUGGUGAAGUGAAGGGAGUUUCGAGUGUUUUUUAAUGGACCGCCAUAUAAUACAGGCUCAAAAUGGACCUUCAGUGAGUCAUCACACAUUUGUAUGGGUUUUUGUGUCCAUUAGGGGCCUGGUACAUUUAAAAUGAAAGAAUUGUAAUUUGCCAAAUUGCCCUCUCAUUCUCAUCUUAAUAAAUUAGUGGUGUUAAAACGCUGCUGUUUUCUCACAAAUGUUUGACAUAACUUAGGGAGCCCAUUGCAGUUGCUAUGGUGGUGUAGUGGUUUGUGGUGUUGCUUCACUCCUCCAGUACUAGGGUCAGAGACCCUGCCUCUGUGGAUGUGUAAUUUGAAUGUUCUCCUUGUGUCGCCCUGGGAGUCCCCCCCCCCCCCCACACUUCAAAGUCAUGCCAAAAUUUCGGUAUUUGUAAAUGCCCUGUGAUGAAUUGGUGGAUUCUGGGACAGGCCCCUUUGACUAAACGAGUAUGGAAACUAAACAGCCAAUUAAGUCUAACCAGAACAAAAAGUAACAAUAAGUUUGAUGUGUCAGCACCCAGAAUGCUUAGCACCAACGUACCAAUACUGAAUUUUACCCAGCAAAUAGAUAUCAGUGUGCUGUUUUGUGUGGUUGCUGUGACAUCGCAGCACUGUGCAAACCCUCAUGCUCACAUUAUGCUCCUCAAAAAAAUAAAUAAAAUGAGGAGGAUGCAAACCAGGCAGCAUGCAAGGAUUUGAUUCCUUUAAUAAACAGUCUAUAAGUUAAGUAAAUGCAAUGAAAACAUUCAAAAAUAAACUGACCAGCAAACACAUACAGAGAGUGUUGAGUGCUUGACAGUAUAAUUUUGUGAGCAAUCAGAAAUUAGCAGGGAGUGUUUUAUAAGUUGAAAUUCAAAAAUGUUAAAGGCAGACAGGUUACCAUGGCAACAUCAUUUCUGAGUGGCAUUUAUGCAGCGAACGGUAGAAUCUGCACUGGUGUUUGUUGAUGAUAAACUGUUGUGAUAAACAGUGCUUGUGGCUCCCUGACUGUGUC